UCCGGGUAUUUCCGCUCUCAGACAGGCCGGGAGGCGCGCGGAAGGAGAGCGUCGUCGCAGUGUGUCGCGGGUUCUUCGCUACGCCGGAAACGACAGAGAGCGACCCGAGCUGCAGUGACGCGCGACAUGGACGGACUGUUUCACCAGUGGGGACCGUCCCCGGUGGCCCAAGGCCCUCCGUACGUGGAGAUAAUCGAGCAGCCGAAAGCACGAGGGAUGCGUUUCCGCUAUAAAUGCGAGGGUCGAUCGGCCGGCAGCAUCCCAGGAGAGAAGAGCAACGAGUCCACAAAAACACACCCCGCCAUCAAGGUUCACAACUACAGCGGGCCGCUGAGAGUGCGCAUCUCCUUGGUAACCAAGAACCAGCCGUACAAGCCACACCCACACGAGCUGGUGGGCAAAGACUGCAAACACGGGUAUUAUGAGGCCGACUUACAGGAGCGACGGAUACACAGUUUCCAGAACCUGGGUAUUCAGUGCGUGAAGAAGAAGGAUGUGGGAGAUGCAGUUUCCUGUCGCCUGCAGACACAGAACAACCCCUUCAAUAUCCCGGAGCCCAGGAUCUGGGAGGAGGAGUACGAUCUGAACGCGGUGCGCCUGUGCUUCCAGGUGUCCAUCACGCUGCCCAGCGGAGAGCUGUUCUCUCUGGAGCCCGUCGUGUCUCAGCCCAUCUAUGAUAACCGAGCUCCUAACACAGCCGAGCUCAAGAUCUGCCGCGUCAACAGAAACUCCGGCAGCUGCCGCGGAGGAGACGAGAUCUUCCUGCUGUGCGACAAAGUGCAGAAGGAGGACAUCGAGGUGCGUUUCUUCCAGGACUCGUGGGAGAGCAAGGGCUCGUUCUCUCAGGCUGAUGUUCACCGGCAGGUGGCUAUCGUGUUCCGCCCGCCUCCGUACCGCUGGAGCAGCAUUUACUGCUGCAAUUUAGUGUGUUACUCAACACACACAGAGCUCUGGGUAAUGAUCAGUGCGUGUGUUUCAUGUGCAGGAUCCUCCAUGCCUGCAGACAGACGGCCGUUUAGUACCGCUAAACGAACACUAGGCAUCUCUAAACCCACAGCCGCCAGCAGCCUCCCAGCAGCGGCGUCUGCAGGUGUGUCGCUGAAGCCGCAGCCGUCCUCGUUCUUCGCUCCUGCUCCGGGUCAGCUGUUCGCCGCGCCUGCUCAGAGUUCACCGAGCUGCACCAGCGACACCUGGAAGUUCCUCCAGAGUCUGACGGGAGACUCUCAGCCCAAAGCUGCGGCCAGCGCCUUCACGCAGGACUUCCCCACCGUCAACCUGCACGACCUGCACGACUUCAACAGCUUCAUGGCAUCGGAUCAGACGAGCGCCGAGCCCGCCGCGGAGCCCAUCCAGAGCACCGCCGACGACGAUCUCCCCGAGUUUCCCAGCUUCUCGGAAGUGCAAGGCUCCGACGUCGACAACAUCAACAUCGAGGAUUUCCAAGCGCUGCUGGUUCAGAGCGGGUUCCCCGGGGAAGCGGGACUCUCGCUGGGGAAGCCGGGAAGCUCUACGGAGCCGGCGGCUGAUCACGCGGGGAACGGCUCCACAUGGAUGUCCUUCCCACCCAGCAUCGCCAGCCUCAUACACAACGAGAGCAUGAUGGAGAGCGCGGCUCCUCCGGCUCCGGCCCCCGGCGUCCUCGACGACCUGGAGGUGCUCAACUCCAUCGACGACGACCGCUUCAUGUCCAUCUUCACCAGCGGCCACCAGGUCGGAUUCCUGUCUGGACACCCCACCUAAAACACUCGAGAAGAUCCUGGAGCAUAAACGCAUUUAAACUCAGUUUUGUCUUCAAACCCCAUAAAUAUAUAUAUAUAUAUAUACACACACAUGAGAUGAAUUCAGAUUUAAUGGCUUUAGCAGGUGGCGGUUUUCCUCAGAUGUGUAUUUUGCUUACUGUGCUUAUCUCGUCUCGUGUCUUGAAGAGGUUCACCAGCUAAACCAGAUUUCAGACCAGUAAACACACAGUGCCUUAUUGAGCGGCUCAGCCAAUCACUGCGCAGAAUCCACAGCCUCAUCGACCAAUGACUGUUGAGAACACCGAACUCUAGUUCUUGUAGGGCCCUGUGAUUUCUGAAGUAUAUUAUACAGUCGAAUGUGCUUCUCAAUAUUAAUAAUACAGUACACUUAAAGGAAUAUUGCAGUUAUUAUAUUUUGUAAAGGUCGUGCAGCCAGGAAAAUGUAAGGAAUUGCUAAAUUUUAAUUUGAUAAUCUAAUUAAUCUUUUAAUCAAAUGAAGGGAUAAACUUUAACGGUUUAGUGAGUGUUUUAAAUAUGUAAAUGAAAUCGUAUAAAAAUCUGAAAAAUUAAAAGACAACAGAUUUCCUGAAAACUACAUAACAUUUCAUAAGGCCACUAUUGUUGAAAUGUUAAUACAUUAAGAUGUUUUAUUAAUUCAAUUAGACAUGUUUCUGAUUAUAACAUUUUAAAAUACUCAAAUUAAAAAGUAAAACAAAAUUUGGAAAAAAUAAAAAAAAAAAUAUUUUUUUCACAUUGUAAGCAAAUUGUUGCUUAUAAAAAUUCAAUUAGACAUGAUUUUUAAUCAAUACUUUUAUACGUUUA